AUGCCAUUGGAACGCAGAGGGACACAGGAUUGGCUGCGGCCAGGUUGUCCAACAUGUCUGCGCCCCGAUCCGUCGCCACACUACACUGCCCCUCCUCAAGAGAGUAGCUGCCCCCAAAGUCUCAUCAACCUCUACAGCAGCUGUUUCAAAGGUGUUGUCAACUGGGGUGGAUCGCAGCACACAAGGGCUCUUCCUGAUAUUCCUCCACUGGUCGAUAGGGUUUCAGCUUGCUAA